AUGCCUUCUUUCCUUUCGGCCGCUCUUCUCAGCCUCGGCGCUGCCCACUUGGCUGCGUCUCAGACUGUCAACUGCAAUUCAAUGGGUAUCCCGGAUGGCUACCAGGGCUUUGACAAGUGGCGCGCCACAACCAAGGACUGCUCGGAGGCCACCAACAAACUUGAAGAACACUUCGGUCAGGCAGUCCCAGAGGCUUCCUUUGGUUGCGUUUCUCUGGCCAUCUCGGGCGGGUGCGAAGUUUCCAUGUGCGACUCGUCGGAUGUCCGCCGAAACAUCGACUACACCGCGGCCUGGACGGCGGCAAGGGUCAUUCAUGCGAGACACAAAGCGGACGGAAAGGUGGCUGGAUACAUCUCGCUUGACGACUACAGCGAUGCCGGUGGCUUCAAGGUGUUUGUCAAGGUUGCCGCGACUGACAGCCCCAACCCCACCGGCAAGCGAAAGCGCAGCUUGUUCGGCCGCCCCAGUGCCUUGAACCUGGGUGAGCGGGAAGAGCCCAAGGAGGUGGAGGCUCGAGCCCCGUCUGACGAGACCAGCACGCUCCCUGCAGUGGAAAAGCGCUGGGACUGGAACUGGUUCAGCAAGGACAGCUGGCCCAUUGAUCACACGGGGCUUUACACCAACAUCCGAACUGCGUGGGGCACCGAAGAGAAUAUCGGCGAUGACCAAGUCCUCAAUGCUAUGGAAAACCUUCUCACGGACUGGAACAACGUCCAAGGCAACCCUUCCAGCCUCACACCGCCUGCGUACCAUGCCCCCAACGACAUGAGGAUCCAGUUUGAGUGGGCUGCGCACAACAACCACAACGUGAAUGACAUUGGCUACGAGGAGAGGAUUCAGAUGCUGCACUGGGCAGUUCAGGAACGCCGGAUCCACGCCCCGCGCCAGAACUUCUCCAUGCAGGUCAGACGUGGCAACGUGUCCGUCGGGCAUCUCAUCAUCCGCGUUUUCUGGGUCGGCCAGGACGAGUCGCUGUCUAACGUCUGUAACUAG